AUGGUCGCCCUCACCACCCUACUCCUCGCGUCCCUCCCCCUCGCGACCCUCGCUAACAGCUCCCCAUGGGCUGCCCAUCGCAAAAGACAACACCACGUCGGCCGCGUGCAAACCCGUGCCACCAAGUAUACCCUCCAGGAGAAGUAUCAAGGCCAGAGCUUCUUUGACAACUUCAAUUUCUUCACCGGUUCCGACCCCACUCACGGCAACGUCAACUACCUGUCGCACGCGGAUGCAACCAACGCAGGCUUAGCUUACACUCAGAGCGACAACACAACCGUAGUGACCGUUGACAACUACAGCAAGCUUUCCUCUGGGGCCAAUCGUAACUCGGUCCGCAUCAGCUCCAAGAAGACGUUCAGCAACGGUCUGUUCAUCGCCGACUUCUACGCGAUGCCACACGGCUGUGGCGUCUGGCCCGCGUGGUGGUCUUCCGCUGAUCCUUGGCCGACUGCCGGCGAGAUCGACGUGAUUGAGGGUGUCAACAACCAAAAUUUCAACCAAUACACGCUCCACACCAAUGACGGCUGCACCCUCGACAAGAACCCCCCCACUUCCAGCAGCAAAGUCGCUGCCUUCACUGCCAACGUGCUCGGUACGCAGUGCGCCAGUGGCGAUGGGAGUAACGCCGGCUGUGCGUUCUCCGACACGCGUAACACGUCCUUUGGCCAGGGCUUCAACGACGUCGCUGGCGGCAUCUUCGCGCACGAGUGGACCAACUCGAGUAUCAAAAUGUGGCACUUCCAGCGUGAUGAAAUUCCGGCCGACAUCACCUCCGGCAACCCUGAUCCCUCCACCUGGCCCACUCCCGCUGCGUUCUGGUCCUCGUCAACCUGCGAUAUCUCCUCUCAUUUCUACAACCACGUCCUGACCCUUGACAUCACGCUUUGCGGUGACUGGGCUGCGGGUGCUUACGCCUCUUCCGGAUGCCCCGGGACCUGCGCAGAUGCCGUGGCUGAUCCCACGAACUUCAAAUUUGCUCAAUGGAAGGUCAACUACAUCGCCGUCUAUCAACAAUAGAGCACCGUCUCUUUGACUCUGCCUCGAUCGAUACCCAUAACUUAUGGAGACAGCAUCACGGGACGGCCCAACUAAAUGCAUACUUAUUGAGACCUAGUAGGCCUUGGUUUGAAAACGUUUGGGGCUCAGAAUUCAUGUUUAAUGCUGCUGAGCACCUAUUCUCUCUCUAAUUCAGGGCUGUGCCCAUGACGACUUACAAGCAGUUCCGUUUUGCGUAGGUGGAGGAUGUUGUAUUUAUGCGUUGCGAGACCCAAUUAUCGAUUUCAAACAUGUGGCCGCAUGGCCAGU